AUGAAGCACAAAUCUCAUUGUAGCUUAAUUCCUAAGAAUUACCAGCACAUCCUGGCUUUGGAAUUUGCUGUGAAGGAGAUCAAUGAAAACCCACAGAUUUUACCCAAUCUCACCUUGGGCUUCCGCAUCUAUGACAGCUAUGACAAGGCUCAGAGCACCUAUCAUGCCACCAUGUUGCUUGUAUCAUCCAUGGAAAGAUUGAUCCCCAACUACAUAUGUAACAUCCAGAAUAGCGCAAUAGCUGUUGUUGGGGGACUGGAUGCCCAUAUCUCCCUUCAUGUGGCCACUAUCUUGGAUAUCUAUAAGAUUCCACAGCUCAUUUAUGGCUCCACUCCACUGAUGAAUGAUAAAACUCCAGGCCUUUCUUUUUACCAGAUGGUUCCACCAGAAGCCCUUCAACAUGCAGGGAUGGUCUCACUGCUUCUGCAUUUUAACUGGACCUGGGUUGGGCUCCUUGCAGUGGAUAGUGAACAUGGAGAAGAAAUUAUUCGAAAUGUGGUUCCACUUUUUGCCAAAAAAGGAAUAUGUUAUUCUUUUAUUGAAAAACUCCCAAAAUAUAAUGAUGUAAGUGGAUUGCAUGGUAUGAUUAAUCAGGCAGCAAAAGUAUAUGAGCUUAUCAUGGACAAUAAAAAUAACGUGACAAUUGUCUUUGGAGAAUCUACCACCACGGGGACUUUGAGAUGGUUCACGUAUCUACCCAAAAUUGAAGAGGUGACAAGUAAACCAAAAGGAAGUGUAUGGAUACUGAAUGCCCAGAUUGAGUUUACUUCAUCAGCAUUUCAACACAAAUGGGACACAGAAAUAAUCAAUGGUGCUCUUUCUUUCACAAUGCAAACAGUUGACCUACCAGAAUUUAAAUCAUUUCUUAAGAAAAAAAAUCCCUUCAUCUCCAAAGAAGAUGGAUUUAUCAAUCUGUUCUGGCAAGAUGUUUUUGCCUGUGUUUUGCCUGAUAUAGUUACGAGUGAUGUACCUGAGGCUAUUUGUAAUGGGACAGAGAAUUUAGAGACCCUUGCUGGACCUUUUUUUGAAAUGAAAAUGACCGGUCACAGCUACAGCAUCUAUAAUGCUAUUCAUUCUUUAGCUCAUGCUUUACAUGUCAUGUCCUCCUCAAAACAUCAAAGAAGAGGUAUGACAGACAGAAUAGGAGGAGAGAUCCAUAAAAAAGACUUUUGGCAGCUCCAUUACUUUCUGAGAACUGUAUCUUUUAACAACAGUGCUGGAAAGCUUGUUUCAUUUGAUCAGAAUGGGAUAGUAAAAGGUGGAUUUGAUGUUAUCAACUGGAUUUUUUUCCCAAACCAAUCAUUUAUUCGAGUAAAAGUUGGAAAUAUAGAUCACUUAAAUCCUUCAGAUGAAAUGUUACCCAUCAAUGAUGAAAACAUUAUGUGGCACAAAUGGUUUAAUCAGGUGCAACCUAUUUCUGCAUGCAGUCAGAGUUGUUUUCCUGGUUUUAGCAAAAAAAUGAAGGAAGGAAAACCAUUUUGCUGCUAUGAUUGCAUCCCUUGUCCAGAAGGGAGAGUUUCAACUGAGAUUGACAGAAGUGAAUGUUCUAAAUGCAAAGAAAAAACCUAUCCCAACAAGAAAAGGAACUUCUGUAUACCCAAAAUAAUUAGUUUCUUGUCUUAUGAAGAACCUUUAGGGUUCAGUUUAGCCUCUUUUGCACUUUCCGUUUCUUUGACCACAAUUCUUGUGCUAAGUGUAUUUAUGAGAAACCACAACACUCCCAUAGUCAAAGCUAACAACCGGGAUCUGACCUACACUCUCCUCAUCUCCCUCCUGCUCUGCUUCCUUUCAGUGCUACUAUUUAUUGGCCAGCCUGGAAAAGUGACCUGUCUUCUCCAGCAAACAACUUUUGGAAUGGUUUUCUCAGUGGCUGUUUCUUCUAUUUUAGCAAAAACCAUCACAGUGGUUCUGGCUUUCAUGGCCACCCAGCCAGGAUCUAGCAUGAGAAAAUGGGUGGGAAAAAAGUUAACUAAUUCCAUUGUUGUUUCCUGCUCCCUGAUCCAAGCAAGCAUCUGUAUUUUGUGGCUGGCAAUCGCUCCCCCUUUCCCAGAUGUUGAUAUGAUCUCAGUCACUGAAGAAAUUAUUCUGAAAUGUAAUGAAGGCUCUGUGACUAUGUUUUAUUGUGUUCUUGGCUAUAUGGGUUUCCUGGCUCUUGUCAGUUUCACAACAGCUUUUCUUGCCAGGAAAUUACCUGACAGUUUCAACGAAGCCAAGUUCAUCACCUUCAGCAUGUUGGUCUUUUGCAGUGUUUGGUUGUCCUUUGUCCCAGCAUACCUGAGUUCCAAAGGGAAAUACAUGGUGGCUGUGGAGAUUUUCUCUAUUUUAGCAUCUGGUGCUGGGCUUCUAUUUUGUAUCUUUUCUCCAAAAUGUUAUAUCAUUGUGUUCAGAGCUGAACUGAACAACAGGGAACAACUAAUAAGAAGGAAAGACUGA